AUGGAGAAUAAGUCUUUUUUUGGUUAUACCCUUAUCUCAGUCGCAUUAUUGUUCCUCCUGGCUCGUGGUAUCCUCGCUCAACCGCCAAAGGGAAGCCCAAGAGCCGAUGUCGAACCGCAAGAAACGCUCACGGCUCACAACAUAGCGUACGUCAAGGAGUGGAACGAGACUCUUGCAGCCUAUGCACAGAGGAUUGCUAACAAAUGUAUCGAUGACUACGCCGUGGUGCUCUUGGGAGGACCCUACGGCGCCGUCGGGGAUAAUCUGGAUUCUGGGAUGAGUGGUCCCGUCGCAACUAAGUAUUGGAUAUGCUAUGAUCCUCCGGGGAAUAUCCCUGGUCAACUUCCCUAUUGA